AGUGCAUAUUUGUGGGGCAUAUCCACAGUGCUAAAUAAUUGAAGGUCCUUUCAGCUAUCAUAAGCUAGCUUUUUGGCCUCGAGCAAUUUUUACAAACAAUUUUACUUUUGUUGUUUCCACUUUCCAAUUAUCGUACACAAGAAACAAAUCUCCUAUGGUUUCUUCAUCGGACAGAAAGUUGGCGAGCGCAGUGGGAGCUAAGACAGCCAGAGCCUGCGACAGUUGCAUACGGCGGAGGGCGCGGUGGUACUGCGCGGCCGACGACGCUUUCUUGUGCCAAUCGUGCGACUACUCGGUGCACAAUGCGAACCUCUUGGCCCGGAGGCACGAGAGGGUUCGCCUCAAAAGUUCUGACCUCAAGACCCCCGAUGAAUUCCCGAGUUUGGAAAGCCUAGCCCGGUCCUGGCCCCACGGGUUCACUCGUAAGGCACGAACACCGCGGGGCCGGAAACAUGCAAAACCUAAAUCAGAUCAGUCGUUUACCAAACACCCCCUUCUUUUGGUGCCCGAAAUCUAUAGCGACGAAAAUUCGCACAACGACGAGAGCGAUGAGCAGCUCCUCUAUCGCGUCCCCGUCUUCGACGGCUUCGCGGCGGAGAUGUGCACUUCCGGCCGGGCGAACGAGGCGGCCGGGGAGAAUAUUCCGGACGUCCGGACGAAUAUUCCGGCAUCUCUAGACUUUCGUCACAAUAAGGAUGACAGUAAUAAACCUCCCGGAAUCGUCCCGUCGGAAUUUGAGCUCGGCGAAAUCGAGAGCUUGCUGGGGAAAGGGCUUGAUGAUGAGUCCUUCAACAUGGAAGAGUUAGGGCUUUUUAGUAAUUUCAACAAAGUGAAGGUUGAAACCGAUGAAGAAGCCGCCAUAGCUAAUCACAACGUCGCUCUGAAGUUCGACAAUUGUGACGAUAAUUCACCUGUCGCUAUGUGUGACGGAGAAUACGACGAUAGAGGAGGAGAAUUGGCGACGAUUCUUCAGCAAAGUGACGAUUUUGAUUAUAAAACUGAGAAAAAUAAAAUCUUAUUGAAGCUUGAUUAUGAAGGUGUCAUCACAGCUUGGGCUGACCAAAGAUCUCCAUGGACGAACGGUGAACGUCCAGAUUUGGAUUCCAACGAUUGCUGGCCUGACUUCACGGACGGAUGGGGCACAAUUCAUAAUAAUCCAUACGGAGAAAUGGGAUCAAUGAGCAUAGGUCAUGCAGCUAUAAUGGAUGAAGGGAGAGAGGCAAGAGUGUCAAGGUACAGAGAGAAGCGGCGAAAGAGGUUGUUUUCGAAGAAAAUAAGGUACGAGGUUCGGAAACUGAAUGCUGAGAAGAGACCUAGAAUGAAAGGGAGGUUCGUGAAGAGGGCAAAUUUUGUGGCACCUCUUUCUAAUUUCCCUUUGAUCACCAAAUAGAUAUAUAUAUAAUAUGUCUCUCGAUCUCAAUAUAAAAUUUUACGAGAGAAUUAUGAUUAUGUACUAUAUUGCAUGCAUGUACUUUUGGUACGGAGUAUUAAACUUGAGAUGGGUCCAAAGAUUCUUCAAUCUUGGAUGGUGCGUUUGUAAAUUGAAAAAAAAAAAACAAUAAAUUAAUUACUGUAACAUUUUGUUG